AUUAUAUAUAAUGGCGGACACAAUUAACAUCUUAGUAUAUUGUGUCUUUUUAUAUUUGACGAAUACCCUGAUACCCUACCAUGGGAUAAGGUUGAGUGGUAUACCAACUGUUAAUUAUGGAUUAAGACAGAGGUUUAAAUGCUCUCAAGGUGGUUUGAGGGGUAUAAGCGAUGCUACAUUCUAUCGUAAUGGAACAAAGUUUGCUGUGGUUAAAAGAAACCCUUGGUGCAAUUUGAAAUUAAUAAAUGAAGGCGAAGGUGAUUUCGGGAAAAGGUGUUCCUGGACAACACGAACUUUGUUCAUUAAAAAGGUAGAUGAUAGCUAUAACAAUACAGUUUGGAAAUGUGAAAGCAGAGGAGACACGUCUAACGAAUUCACUCUCAAAGUUAAAGAUUUAAAUCCCUGUUACUUCAAUGCUUCGAUAUCAGGAAAUGUUAGUAACGUAGUUGAAGGAGGCGACUUACGUCUUACUUGUCAUGCCAUUGCUGAUGGUGAUGAUGAUGAUGCUGGUAAUAAAGAUCUUAAUUACUCUUGGACUAUUUAUUAUAAUAAUGGUUCUGAUAUGAAGCCUAGAGUACAGACGCUUGAUAAAAUAGCUUCAAGAGGCGACACUGGCAUGUACAGUUGCCAAAUAAGGAAAAAAGACUGUAUGAGCGAGGCUCAAAUAGACAUCAAUGUUCAGUAUCGCCCAACAGUAUCAAUCCAUUCUGAAUCAAAUUCUACCAUCAACUUAACCUGUGUAGGUGACGGAUAUCCCGAUAAUUUUACAUUUUAUGGUUGGCAUCACUUUGUCAAUGGUCAACAAGUUAGAGUUUUAAAGGGCAACAAAACACGUGGUUCUUCAGUUUUAAUAUUGGACGGAGUUACUGCCCUUGAUAAUGGAAAAUAUGUUUGCUUAUUAAGCAAUGGUAUACCUCAAGAUGGCAAAUUGAAUUCCUCUGCUGAACAUGCGGUCAAAUUACCAGUGACACCAAUGGCCAUUGAGAACACGAUACAGGAAAUCGAAAUGAACACUGGAGAUAAUGUUAAUAUGACGUCAGAAUUUCUGACCGAGGACGUCCAAUCCGUUACGCUUAUAGAACCCGGCGACACACAGGACAAAUUAAGUGUUAUGGACGUUGUCCAAGUGGAGUACAGGGAGAUAGAAUGGUAUGGAACUACUGUAAAUGCAUCAGUUAGUGUGGUUCAAUAUUCGAUCCAAAAUGUUACGAACGAAGGACAGUAUUAUUUCAACGUGUGUAAUCUGCAUGAAUUAUGUGAUGUUUCUUUAGGCUACAAGAUAUUAUUCACUGUAAAAGAACCUUUUCCGGGAAUAAUUGACACAGAAGAACAAAAGAAAAGUCUUCCAAUUAUAAUCGGAUCCGUUGCCGCACUUAUAGUGCUCAUAGUCAUCGUCAUUAUUGCGAUUUGUGUAGUAGUCGUUCAUCGAAGAUCCUCCACGAAAAGUAUGGAUACAAUUGAUGAUUUGGUCCACAGGUGUUCGAAUCCAACGUAUGACGAUCGAGACGUCGAAAUCAUACCAAAUGAACUGUAUCAUUCUUCGGAUCAAAACGACAGCAACCUCCAGAUGACCAUAAUACCAAAAUUUGAUCUGUACCAUGCUUCAGACCCACAGGACAAUGAGAUGGAAAUAAUCCCAAAUGACCUGUAUGUUCCAUCAGAACCGACACAGGAUUCACAUGACAAAAAUAUGGAAAUAAUUCCAAAUGAGCUAUAUGUGAGUGCUGAUGCAGACAACCAAGGUGGAAACCAAGAUACUAAUGGUCUGAGAGAUGGAACAUCAGAUGAGAUGUACGUUGGUGGGGAGACUAUGCAAAGGAAUGAAGAAAUCCAAAAACAAUUCAAAUCCAACAAUGAAGACCACGAACAAGUAUAUAUGAAUGAUCCAAUGACUCACUAGGAAGACGUUCUGGCGUUUGUGCUUCAAGUCCUAAAGGUGCCCUCAUAUCCAAGCGAUUACCAGUUACGUUUGGUUGCGAAUAAUGAAAGUUACCAUGAGUACUCAACACAACUCAAGAGUUCGUAUGCAUGAGAAUUUCGUUAUUCUUAUUCGCAACCAUAUUUCAAUUGAUAGUCGCUAUGGUGUGAGGGCCUCUUUAAGAUUUAACCAAAAAAAUCACUUCAGUCCAGCAGGUGCCAAAUAAGCUUCUGCAGCGUACCAUUAUCAUGUGUGACCAUACGGAAAACAUUUGGAAGCUAAGUGAACCUUCAGUUUGCUUGCCUUACAGGACAGCUUAACGUGAUGCACGAGGCUUCUGUCCUCAAGAUGGUCCUUGGCCAAACCUCUUGAUCUUUCCAGAUCAUCCUUAUCCAUUUAGCAGCUGGGUCGACUUGGAUAAUGAGGACAGGUAAAAGGCUUUCACACACAGAAACAUUUAAACUGUUAUUAAUAUAUCAUUCUCUUCCAAGAUUACGAAAUCCAAUUUUUUAAAAUCCAUUUUUUAAUUUAUUCCGCUAUCCAUUUUUUAAUUUUAUUCGUGUUUUCAUUAAUCUUUACAUCAGUAUUUGUCAAUGCUAUUUAAUUAUUAGUCUUUUAAAAUUUUAUAUUUUUUUUAAUAUUCUUAUUAUAAUUUUGCCUCUUAUUAAUUUGAUAUCGUCUGUCUCAUUUUUUAAAAUUUAUUCUAAUUUUUUUAAUAAAAUUUUUUAAUACUC